ACCAUCGCAAAAACCACGGAAAUUUUAAAUAUAGAAUGGAAUCAGUGAAGAAAGCACAUCAGCGGUUUCGUAAUUAUCCAAUUAUUCUGGGAAAAUGCUCUAAAGCAGCGUCAACAUAUGCAAUUUGUGUUACACGGGACUUCAAUGUAAAACAAAGUACAUGUGAAAAAGAAUUCCUUGAAUUCCGCAAUUGCUUACAACAAGCCGCUAAGAAAAUGAAUACGAAAUUGUAAAUGUUUGCUUGUCGUGAUAGAAUUUUUCUUUAGAGAAUA